AUGAACGUACUGAAAGAAGUACAUCAAGAGCACGAACGUCGAAAGCGAUUUGUGGAUGGAAACAAGCAAUUGGAACAGCUGGAUCUUCAUAUCUAUUGUGAGAAGAAGUUCAGUUACAACUGUCCUACCAACUUGUUGACUAUCAGUAUCGACUGGAUGAAUGCUAAAGACAGUGUUGUGCCUCAGGAUACUAGGAGAUGUUGUCCUGGGUACACGUCCAGAGCUGGGACAUGUCAAAAGGAUUGA